AACGACGAUAACAAUAAUAUUAUUGUUAUUGAAAAAUGUAAUGGUUUCGUCGCAGAUGCGUGCGUCGGAACGGUCGGAAUCUACGGCGUCGAACGUCGAAUCCAGCACUUGAGAGCCGAGAAGAUACUGUCGAGUACCCGUUAUCGUUCGCCACCAACGAAACCCAUGUCGUUUCAGGAUCCGACGUUCGUCGGUAACACCCACGAGUUCCAGGUUAAACGGACCAAUCUGUUUGCCGUGCUGGACCAAGCGGAAAAAGAUCUGGAAUCGAAAAUCAAAAAGACCAUGCCGACCAACGUACAAGAUAUACUACACAGCGGCGGUGUGGUACGCAGCAGGUCCGGCCAUUCGCGGACCCGACAGUUCCGUGGCAAAGACAGUUUGUUCGUCAAACCUGAAAUACCGCCUUUGCGUAUACUCGUCAAGCACCAAGCGCCAGAUUUCAAAUUGCAUCCUCACAAAUGGACCAAAUACUCGUUGGCGGAUGUUAACGAGAUGAACGACAAGAGCAACGCGGCCGCUGCGUGUGCGUUCCUCAAAGAAAUGGAAACCAGAAAAGGCCAGGGCGACGAAGACAAUGACGGAAACGGAGAAACAAAGAAAAUAUUGUUUAAGAGGGUGGUGAAACCGAAAGAACAGCUGAAAGAACCCGAUUCAAAAGCGAUUUUUAAGAGCAGUAAACUGGUCAUGCCGGAAUAUGAAUUCGGCAAAAAGGUACAGAAGAAAAAAAACCGACCCGAAAGUAAACCAGACGAAACCACUAGCAGCAAUAAACAAAUCACACUUGGACAUUUAAUGGAAGAAGAUGAAUCGGACGAGUAGAUAAUGAAAUUAAAUAGCAUUAUGUUGUGUAUAAUUUGUAAAUACCCUUUUUAUUUGUAUAUGUAUAUGUUUUAUAAUAUUAACAUACUUGGGUAAGUUUUAUUACCAUAAAUACUUUUUUGAAGAAGAAGAAGAAGAAGAAUAUUUAUUUAUUCAAUUACAAAUGUAACAUUCUAGUUCAUAAUUCGACUUGGUUAAAAAUGGUUAUUUUCUAAAGCGUAUAUCAAUUUCAAUAUUUUAUGAUACAGAUUAGCCUAGUCAAUAGUAAUAAUAAUUGCUAUCAAUAAAUCUUUUAUAAAUUCAUUGGACCUUCAAACACAUACGAUUUGACUGAAACAAAAUCAAAUAAAUGAUCACUGUGAAAAAAUGAUAGUUCAUAAAUUAACAUAAAAAUUAAUUAUUUAAAAAAUAAUUUUGAAUAUUAAUUAAAGAUUAAGAUCUUAUGUACAAAAAAACAGUAGCUUAUAAAAAAAUGUCGGACAGUAUUGAAUGUGGUUAGAUAAAGUAGAGAGAAGCAUUGAGGUGUUUUAUGCGACAGUAGAAUUCCGAUGGGACUUAAAGAUAAGUUCUAUAAGAGUGUAACUAGGCGUGUUGUAUGAUUUGGAGUGCUAGACAGAAAAUUAGUGUAGUGGAAAUAAGAAGCUUAUUCCACAAAAGAAGAUAGAAUAAGGAACAAUUUAGAAGCGUAGUUAUCAUAGGGAAAAUCGGGGCAGUACCCUGUCCCCGGAGCUCAGGGUCCUUAAGAAAUUAUUCUGAAAUUACUUCUUUAAGAAAAUUGCAAAUUUUUAUGUAUUUAAAAAUGAAUAUUCCAAAUCAUACGUGGUAAUUCCAGUCCGAAUCGAUAUGAAAAUAGAAUAAUAAUGCAAUGGACGUUACAUAGUAACCAUACCAUGACAACCGCGAUCCGCGAUAAAAGACAGCCGAAAUAUUUAUUAUCAAGUACAUAAUAAAUUGUAAAAAUAGUCCAUAUUCUAUUGACAAUAUUAUAAUACUGUUGAGUCAAAUACCUAUUAUCAAACACAAAUAUUUCCGGAUCAGUACAUCAGUCAUCAGUAACAUUACAGUCUACUAAUAAAAUUAAUUCAUUUUUAGGUACUUUGUAGGUAUAUUUAUUAAUUAUCUGUUUAUUAUUUUCAUUUGUGGUUCCCGAGUAAGUAUUCACAAUUGAAAAAACAGUGUAACGAGUAAGGUAUAUUUCAAAUUUUCAUACAAAUUAUAUUAGUUAGAGAGCCUAGUUUCUUAAUUGCCCGAGUUCAUUUCCAUAGCUAAACUACUGGCACAAUUACAUGAGAUAGUAGACAAAAUUAUAAAAUAUUCUUAAAAAAAGCACGCAUCAUAAUAACUACAAUACAAUUUUAAAAAACAUGCUUAUAGUAAAUAAUAAUAAAGUGUUAAUACAAAGUAUAAUAAUAUAGAUACAAUGGUAUACACUGCAUAAGCAUUAAUUUGCGAUAAUCACUAAGUAUUUAUGUUAGUGCUCCAUCAAAACGUAAAAAAAGCCCCAAUGCUUGAAUGUAUGUUAUCAUUUUUAUUCACACUUUCUAUUAUUAUUUAUUUUUAGUUUUUAAGUAAGC